AGAAGCCGAUCGCCCGUUGGCUGGAGCGUAGAGAGAGCUCCGGCGCUGAUUGGUGGCGCCCCUGGGAGCGGAAAUCGAUUGGUGGGAUUCGUGCGGCGGGGCGGGGAUUGCUGCCUGGAGCCAUGGCGGCUGCAGAGGCCGGGGCGACGGAGCCGGGCCCAGCCGCCCCCGGAGGAGCCGGCAGGGACGCGGCCGCCAUGGCCAGGCCCCAGGCGGAGCAGCAGCAGCAGCGGCGGCGGUGGCGGCCCGGGCAGCGGGCGGCGCGGGGCCUGGCCGGGCUGUAGGUGGCGUCAUGGAGCGGCCGCGGCCUCCGCCAGGGAGAGAGGCGGCGCAGGCCGGGUGGGCCGCCCUGCUGGGCCGGGAGCGGCAGCAGGCCCGCGAGUACUGCCCCGGGGUGAACAACCAGCCCUACGUCUGCGAGACGGGCCACUGCUGCGGCGAGACGGGCUGCUGCAUCUACUACUACGAGCUCUGGUGGUUCUGGCUUCUUUGGACCAUCCUGAUCCUGUUCAGCUGUUGCUGCGCCUACAGGCACCGCCGGGCCAAACUGCGCCUCCAGCAGCAGCAGCGGCAGCGCGAGAUCAACCUCAUUGCCUACCAUGGUGCCUGCAACUACCCGCCGUCCAUGAUGGAUCUCAGGAUGCUGGCUUCCUUCAAGCUGCCUGCCUACGAGGAGGUGGCCCACCGCCCGACCACCCCGCCUCCCCCCUACAGUGCCAUCCUGGGGGGCUCCGCCAGCCGCCUGGGCUCCAGCACGCUGACCCUGACGGGCAGCUCCGAGAACUACACCAGCUGCUCCUGCGAGUCCAGCUGCCUGACCUCGCCCAGCAGCGCCUCGCUGUCGGCCACGGAGGCCAGCUCUCCCAGCGAGGGGGAGGCCGAGGCAGGCGGCGGCGGCGGCGGCUGCAGCAGCAGCACAGGGGGCAGCUGGGGGCUGGCCAGCAAGUCGGUGCCCUGCCCCGCCCCGCCCGCCAAGCACACGCUCUUCUCUUCCAACGUGGAGCUCUUUGAAGGCGACCCCCGGCGCCUCUCCGACAGUGACGAGGGGCCCGACGGCAUGGACGAGGCCGAGCACUUCCGGCACCGCCGCCUCACGGGUGACUCGGGGAUUGAGGUGGGGCGCGGCCAGGAGGAGGAGGAGGAGGAGGCUGCUGGGGACGAGAGCCAGGAGGAGGAGGCGGCCCACCUGCUUGGCAAGGGGCCUCCCUGCUCUCCCGCUGGCAUGGAGCUCCGCAGUCUGUGUGGGGGGCAGACGGACGGGGACCCUGAAGAACGAGGCGCCUCACCCACAUUGCCUGUCUGAGGGGCGCCUGUCCCGCUUGCCUGGCUGCCCCCUUCCUGCUUCCGGGGGGCUGCUCUCCUUCCUUCAUGCCGCCUCAGAGACUCCUCCCCUGCCACGGUUGCCCCAGGGCCAGGCAGCAGGUGGGGGUGAGUGGGGGCCUCUGCCCCCUGCCGGUCACUGUGGAGAACUGCCGCCUUAGCACCAACACUGCCCCGCCCAGACAGCCUGUCGCGUCCCCCUGCCCUGCCCUGCCCCCCCCUCCUCCAGUGGUGUGGCCAGAGGUCUGCCCCCUGGCCUGGGGACCCCACUGCCCUGGGCCCAAGGGCUGGGCCCAGCCCCCUGCUGGACUGUGACUGCCAUCAUGGUGUGUGUGUGUGUCUUCUGCUCCGCUCCGCAACCUUUGGUACAAGGGGUGGCUCUUCCUUGGUGGGGACCUCCCUGCUCCCUGCCCCCUCCCACAUUGCACUGGCCUUGGGCCUUGCUGGUUGCAUGACUGGGAUGGGUCCUGCUGCUCCCUGCUCCAGCCAGAGUGGAGUGGGGAGCUGGCUUUCUCCCUCGGGCUGCUGGAAGCGGUCAGUUUGGUCCAUGCCGUACCAGUGCCUGGGAGCCCGUGGAGUGGAGGUGCUGUUUGCGGGGGCAGCAGCGCGUGCUUAUUAUUAAAAGAGAUGUGGAAA